AUGCACAGCACAUGCAUCCUUCUCCUCAGUGACACCUCGUCAGCUCAGCCCCUUUGAGAACCAAGAUGAGCCACACCGAAGCUGAGAAGUCCGUGAUGGGCAUGAUCGACCUGUUCCACAAGUACGUCAAACCCGAUGACACGAUCGACAAGCCGGGCCUGCUGAAGAUGCUGAAGGAGAAUUUCCCCAACUUCCUCAAGGCCUCUGACAAUCAGGGCAAAGAUUACUUGUCCCAUAUCUUUGAGGAAAAAGACAAGAAUGAGGAUAAGAAGAUUCAGUUCUCCGAGUUCCUGUCCUUGGUGGGGGACAUAGCCACUGAAUACCACAAUCAGAGCCACAAAGGGACCGCCAGUUCCGGGGGACACCAGUGAGCCCGCCCAGCCCCAGGCCUCCAGAGACCCCAGAAACAAUAAAGUGUCUCCUUC